AGACCGCAGCAUGGACACAACUUAUUAGCAGUUCUUUUUUCCAGUGUUUGAAGCCUGCUGCCCGGACUCUUGUGCCAUGUGGAAAUAUUACAAAAACGGAGUUGUACCGAAGAGAAACAAGCAGAAAUCGGAGAAUGAAGUUGUCAACCUCCCUCCCAUUUCCAAUGGGAUUCCCGCAAAGUCAGCAGAUCACCACACCAGGGGCCAAACCACAGCCCAAAGACUGCAGGAGCUGUUCUUCUUCUCUCAGGGCCUGAGGGAUCACGGGCCCCUGGACAGAACCGUCAGGAAGAAGAAAAACAUUUUAGGCCACCAGAGUGUUCCAUUAUCCAAAGUGAGUGUGGAAACAGAGCUGGAAAUCACGGCGCACCUUAAAUACCAUUUGCAUCAGCGUCAUUUGAAGGGAACCACUCAGAAUUCGUCUCUUGAGGAGAAAGAAGCCGCAGUGUUUCAGCAAACGAGGUUCAAGGACCAAGCUUCGUCAAACGGUCCUCCUGAUCUCCUGCAGAGCCUUGUGCCACUAGACAAGAAAGAGAAGGAAGAAAAAGAAUACAAAAAGGAAAAGAAAGAGGGAACAGUAAAUGCUCAAAAUGCAUCUUCAUGUACGGACGAGGCCCCGGAGGGCCAAGGCUCUCUGUCUGAGGGACCAUUUAGAGCUGCGGGUGUUGACUACAAACAAAGAUCAAAUGCAAGAGAUCCAAAACUGCAAGAUCAUUCUUCUCCAAACACCUUACAUGAUGACAAUAUUUCAUCAUUACAUUUGAAACACAGGAGAUUCAUGAUCUAUCUGUGUGGUGGAUAUAAAGACACCGUCCCAGAGCGCAGUGCACUGAUGGAGAGUGUGUAUCCGCGGCUGUAUCUACACUGUAAGCAGAGAGGAUAUGAUUUCAGGAUGAUAGACCUGCGUUCAGGAGUCGGAGAUCCUGUUUCGGACAAUCAUGAUUUGGCAGAGAUGCACAUGGAGACACUUAAACGUUGUCAGGAGACUGAGGGGCCAACUUUUAUUGUGUUCACUGGACAGAAGCAUGAGAUACGGUCACUGCCGAAUACGAUUCCUCUAGCAGAUUUUGAAGCUAUUUUAAAAUUUGUGGAGAGAAGCAAGAAGAAGCUGUCUAGGAGGCAGUCAGACAUGGCAGACGAGUCACAGCUCAGUAUAGACACCGGUGACAGUGGGAGUUUUACUCCGGAGAAGGAACCCCGUUUGUCAGAGAAGGAGCCUUCGCAAAGUUCUGCCGUCAUGAGCGAGAACUCCAUCUCCAGCAGUUCCACGUCAGAUGGAGACGAGAUACAGCUAGCCAGGAGCUGGAUGGACUACGACCAGGAUUUGACUCUCUUGCAGACAUGGUAUAAGCUGGAUAAAAACACAAUUCCUGCUGUGUACCGUUUACUUUCAGUCAGCACACAUCACCCUGACUACCUCAGUCGGGAUGGGCAUCGCAGGAAGCUGGGAAGGAAGGUGUGGCGCUCUUCCUGUGUGAAACUGUGGAACGUGCUGUGGCGAUCUGGACCUGAGGCCAUUGGAGAAGAAGCCACCUGCCAUCUGCUUAAAACAGUGUUGGACUGGGAAGUGGAACAGGGUCUUGGAGGAAAGCAGCCUCCGGAGGAGUACAGUCACUGCUAUAAGAGGAUCAUCACUGACCUUCUGUACAAUCUGAAAAAUGAAUACGCACCACAGUUUAUAGACCUGCACAAAGGAAGAUCUGAAAUCAAUCAAACCUUGCAUCAAGCUCAGCAGUGCUUCAUACGCAACAUUCACCUCAAGCUGAGACACACUAAUAUCCACGAGACAAACGUCAGCUGGGGAAGGAAGGGUCUGAGUGCCAAACACAACAGAUCUCAUCAGUUUUAUGUGGAACGGCUCUGCUCACACUUCCAGCGCACUGUCACUGCAUCCCUCAACAAACUUAUGCAGGUCCGUCAGGCUAAAGGCUCCUUCGACAUGCAGAGGAAGGAGGUUUCCAGACUCCGAGUUGAAGAAGAGAUUCGCCGUCAUGUCAGAUUUGGGAAAACACUAGCACAGGGCUAUGCAUUCAGGCAGGACUUUCUGAUGGAAAUGAAGCGUGCACUUGAAGCAUCGGUGUCUUCCCAGAAUGCUGUGCUGUUACUGGGGGAGCCGGGGUCUGGAAAGAGCACGACACUUGCCAAACUGGCACAACUCAUACCUAGCUGGAUACCUGGGGAUGCCAAAGUGCUGAUCUGCUUUGUAGGUCUGACAUCCGCCAGCAGAAACGCACGUCUGCUCCUCCAGACCCUGUGUCUGCAGUUAGCCAACAUCUAUAACCUCAAAACAGAGAUAUCUGAGUCACUGUCAGAGUUGUCUAGUGAGCUGUGCUCAUUAUUGGGCCUGGUGACAGAAGACCGGCCCUUGACCCUGGUGCUGGAUGGUCUGGAUAAUCUGAGUGAGGAACAUGAGGCUGACCUUUCCUGGCUUAGUAAUGCUUUACUGCCAAACGUCGUCACUGUCCUGUCUACCGGCACGCAGUCUAAAUGUGCUCAUAUUCUACAGUCCCAAGUUAAGGUCACUGUCCUGUCCCUACCGGCCCUUAACCGUAAGGAUAUCACUUCAGGACUGGUGUCAAGACUAGCAUCAGAUUUUCGCCAGCUGACUGAAAACCAGUGGAGCCUUUUAUUCCAGUCCUGUCUUUCCUGUCCAUCCCCUCUCUACCUCAAUUUAGCCUAUGCUGAGACCAGGAAAUGGAGCUCCUUUACACCAAAAGAGAGUCUCAACCUCCCUACGGAUCCGAAUAAACUUUUCGUGAGCAUCCUUGUUAGUUUGGAGCGAGAGCAUGGGCCAUGUUUGGUGCGACGCACUGCUUUACUCAUAUCACUGUCCUGUUCUGGUGUGACCGAGGAGGAGCUUUUGGUGCUUUUGGGGCGUGAUGAUCAUAUCACACGUGAGAUGGCGGUUUUGCAUCAUCAGACGAUUCCCGUUUCUGAAUACUCUCCAGUGCCUUAUGCGUUUGUGGCACGACUGCUGCAUGGUCUGAAGGGUUACGUCACAGAAGUGGAAAGUGACGGCACGUGGGUUCUGCGCUGGACUCAUACAGAGUUCGCCUGCGUCGUCCUGCAGCGAUACGCACCAACAGCAGACUCAAUAAAAGCUGUGCAUGCAGACUUUGCAGAUUACUUUAACGGGAAUGUCCCAAAUAGCCAAGUUUUUCAGCCACUAGCCUGGAUCAGGAAGGAGAAGGGAAGGAGGUGCUAUGAAUUUAAUUUGCGCAAGCUCCACUGUUUGCCGUAUCAUUACAUCCACUCCGAGCAGAUUAUUCCUUUACUCAUGCAGUGUCUGUUUAACUAUGAGUUCCUGCUGCAUAAACUGUGGGGUCUGUCUAUCUAUCAUGUCGAGGAGGACCUUAAAACUGCCGUCAUACCAGAGAAGUACGAUUAUGAGCUCAGCAAACAACUUCUGGAUGUGAAGGUGUUGGGUCAGGUUUUGUGUCUUUCUCAUUCUGUACUAUUAAAUGAUCCAUGCCAGCUGGCCUCUCAACUCUUGGGCCGUUUGGAGCGGAUCAUUUUCCAAGACAAGCCUGUUACUUCAGGUGACCCAAGACGAUACUCUUUUCUGCAUGAUCUGUUGGCACAGUGCAAGAGAUCUUCUCUACCAGUUCUCGUGCCCUCCUACACCUGCCUGCUUCCUCCAGGUGGACUCGUACACACACUCCUAUCAGGUCAUAUGAGUGCUGUGACAGCUCUGGCUCAUGGUCGGCAUUACAUCAUUUCCUGCUCCUGUGAUGGAAUGCUAAAUCUGUGGCGUCUGGAUGAGCAAACGAGACCCGUGAGGUCCUUACCGAGAACUCAUGGAUCUGCAGUAGACUGGGCCGCUGACUCUCUCACCCUCUGUCUGGAUGACAGUGUGCUUGUGCUACAGAUGGGCCACUGCCUCCAGGUGAGAGAGGUGGAUUCUGGGAAGGUGCUGUACAUGGAGAAAGAUUCUCUGGAUGUUCCUGUGGUCACAACUGCCUGCGAUGGACGGUUGCUGGUGGUUUUUUAUGACGGAAGUCACCUGAUUAAGGUGUUUGAUCUUGUGGUGUCCUGUUCACUGUUGCAUUGUGUAAACCUCACCCUUGAGUUUGAGCCCAUCCACAAAGAUCAGUCCAUCUUAGUGUCUCGUCACUCUGUUAAAGACUAUGUUCUCUUCGCCUACAGGGAUGGAGGAGAAGCAGCAAUAUUCAAUGCUAAAGGUGGAGUUGUGUCAGUCACAUUGAAAGCUCAGCACCCUGCAGCAUCUAUACAGGCUGUAGAGAUCAGCUCUCAGUAUUUACUGCUCUUCUGCAGAUACCCAUAUAAAAGACAGAGUGAAAUCAUUCACAUUGAACUCUUCAGCACAGCAUCUUUCCAGUACCUGCGCUCUAUCUUGGGUUGCAGUCAGGACUACAUUUCCCAGGUCACCAUUGCAGGGGGCGGGUCCCACAUUGUGGCCUUUUGUCCCACCCCUCACAGCGCCACCACUGAGAUUAUUAUCUGGAACCUUGAGACUGAAGAUCAUAAACACAUCGCACGGUUUCCUGGCCUGCUGGCUCAUGGUGUGUGUUCGGAUCUGUGGUACUGCGUGGGUUUCUGUCCCAGGGAGCGAUUCUUACGCGUGUGGAACCUGGGAUCCAGAAUAAAUGACCAAACACUCACAUAUAACGUGCACAAAGUACACAGCGAUGGCACAGCUGAGAUUGUAACCAUGCAGAGAUAUCCAAGGUAUGUAGUGUGUCAAAGCACCCGUCCCGGGACUGUGAGAAUCUGGAAUGUGGCACGGACGCGAUUCAAGGGUCGUCCUGUGCAGGUAGAGCAUGGCCUGUUCUCCAGUUCAGACAUCGCUCUUGUACGAGACCUGAAACUCUAUAUACUGUCUGACCGCAGAACCGCCAACUUCUCAGAUACACCUACAUCUGUCUACCAGACAUUGCUGGUGUAUGACCUUCUUAAAAAGAGCUACAUUAAGAAACAGACUGGACUGUUCAUCGUGCCCUGUCCUCGACAAGACUAUCGGCUCUUAGAUGGUGAAAUACUGCUGGGUCUUUCAGAAACACGGGAUCAUCUGAUAUUGUGGGAUCUGGACUCUGGCUACAUUAAAGGACGUAUCAAGACGUCCUACAAAGAAACCCUACUCUUCAGCAUGGACAGAGAUUCCCAAAUUAUGUCCUCAAAAGAAAAGACAGGUCUAGUAAUGCCAUGGGACAGGCGCACCGAAACCCAGACGGCAAAAAGGAGGCGACAGGACCGUGAGGUGAAGAGAGAAAAGGAUGAACAGCAGCGCCUCGAAAAAGAGAAAUUCAACUCUGUAGACCAGUAUCUUCUCAGCGGUGAUGAGCGGGUGGUCAUAUGCUCAUAUUUUGCCCAUCAUCUCAACGUCUUCAGUGUGGUUUCUGAGGAGCAUCUGCACACCCUGGAGGACCGCUGGUCCCAUUUGAGCCUCCGUACUGCCGCGAUCACUCACACUGGAGGGUACUUGGUGGUCUCCAACUACAGUGAGGCCCAGCAUGCUCCAUACCUCACCGUUUGGGACACGCAGCAGGGCAGAGUGCGAAAGAGAUUGAAAAAUGAACCUGGAAUCUGUUGCAUUGCAAUAAGCAACGAUGCCUGCAGAGUGGUUUUCGGCAUUGCAGGAUUCAACAAGUUAAAAGUAUGGGAGCCGUUCCGAAGGAAACAUAAAACCAUCUCUGGCUACGGAAGUUUAAAUCUUAACUGGUCCAGCUUGCUCUUUAUCACUGAAGGACAAUCCAAGGCUAUUUUAUUAUCAGAAGCAGUGAGCAUGUGGGACCUGGACAAUGGUACGAUGUUGUCUGUCUUCACACCUGACUCCAAGAUCCAGACCAUCUCUCUGCAUGGACCUGACAACAGCACACUGCUUUUGGGCUUUAGUGACAUGUCUACUCUAAUCUCCAUGACGGUCAGCCAACAAGAUGCACACACAAAAUCCAGCACUGCUUGUGGAAAAGACUUGUUUGGGGAAUCCAGCAGUAGUGAAGAUGAGGAAGAUGAAGAAACAAACAAGAACUGAUAGGAAGAGCACUGGAUGUGUACUGUAUAAUAUAGGAAUUCGGUCAGAAUGGAAAUAAAGGGCUUUAAGAUCUCUUACAUUCACUUUGUCUUGAAGGAUUCAAGAGAUCAUUUGUACACUGGAAAUGCGAAAGUAUGUGACUUCUAUCUUCAAGUCUAAGAUGAGAAAUGCAACGCAUUACGAUCAGCAUUUCUAGUGCUUGUUUUUCCACAUACUAUGAAAUUACCAGAACUUCCCCACCUUACCCUGGGAGUCAUGUGAUCCAGAGGUUAUGAUAAAACAAAUCUCAGCAAGCAUGUGUUGUCAUGUUACAUGAUUUCAAUGUAUUUUCCUUGACUUCAGAUAUAUGUAGGCCUAUAUUUAGAGUAAAAGAUCUAAUCGCAUGUGUGAGAACUUUGACAGUUGGGUGUGUAUUGAGACAUGCUUAAACAGAUUGUCCUUCUGUAACUGACUGGUGAGUCAAAUUUUCACUUCCCGCAUUUGUCACAUGAUAGAUGAGCAAAAUAACAACAACUUCCUGCUUAGAUUAAUUUGUAAAGAGUUUUUAGCAACUGCACUUGCAUUACCAAGGCAAAUAAAAAUGAA